GUUCAGGUUGAUAACUGCUGUCUGUCUCAAGUCCGGAAUGAUUCUGAGACAGGCAGUUACGAGAUUUUACUUCAUAGAUGAAGACAGCAGAUAUUAAAUACGUGCGAUUAUGCACCUGAAAAUGUACCAAAAAAGUAACUAACUACUGCAGACAUGAUUUCUGAAGAGUAAGAUCAAUCCAGUUCAGGUUUUUACGCUGGAAUGAAAUUUAGAGCUCAGAGCUGGAACGGACCUCCGAAGUUUAAGAUUGCUUACCUUGGAAGUCGGAAGUAACUUACAGGAGACAUUCUAUGACAAGUGAUCAGGCCAGAGGCCACCACCAACGUCAUCUAUCAGGUUACCUAUGACUGCUCUAUGUGUUCCCCAUUUCAGCUUUACCUGAAUGAAUGCUCUCCAUGAGAGCGUUGCAUCACUUGACUUCGAUUUACGGGCGCUAACCAUAUCGCUUGACUUCUGUAAGUCCUUGAAACAUAUCUCUUCAAUCCUGAUAGUUUCACCUCUAGAGACUUCAGUACUUAGAAUGUGGACUACUUUUUCUAGAGGUUCAAGAAGCUCAUCUACGUAAUGAGACUGACUACGAUCCCAGACACUUAUCUUCGACUUCACAGACUCUGACGGAGCUUCUCUCUUGAGGUAGAAGGAGAUAAAGCUUGGUUGGAAAGAUAAUCCUGGCCAAAACUCGAAUCGAACAGCCUCACAACCCUGGAGAGAGUGGAAAUAUUCUUCCAUGUUACACUGGCUUCUAGGAGAUUCACAAUUGUCCCUGGACCUGGAAUCUUCACAAGAGCUCUGCAUCUCCUCUUCAGAUUCCUUCUCUGCUAGGAACUCUGAUGAUGAAUGUCCUGCAACAAUAAGCUUACUGGAAUCUUCACGAGAGCUCUGCAUCUCCUCUUGAGAUUCCUUCUGUGCUGGGAACUCUGCUGAUGAAUGUCCUGCAACACUAAGCUUACUGGAGAUAUUUUCAAGUGAUUCCUCACUGGAUCUUCUUCUUUUCAUACAAAAACAUGGAAAUGCAUGAAUAAACACGCAGAUUCUAACAGUCUGAGACUGCAGAAGCUUGGUUUACUGACACAACUCCUGCUCCGCUGGCUUUCACGAUCCGAAAUCGAAUCGACACAUUGUCACAGUCGUAACGGAUUUGAUGAGUUAACUCGAUCGUGUAGCUCUGAAGAUGCUCGUAUCAGUUUCCAAGUAAGUCCGUCCAGCAAGUCCUCCCUCCUCCUCGUGACGAUCAUGGAAUGAGCCAGAAUGAUAAGUCCCUUUGUCCAUCAGC